AUGAAGAAGAAUGAAGUAGACAUUUGGAUUUUAGAAUUGAGAGAAAUUUUUAGAGAGAGCAAGAAUUCUGCCUAUUUCUCAGAUUCCUGGACCCAAUUCAAUUCAGCGAUAUCUGUGAUUCACAUUUUUUUCCAUCAAGAGAGUUUGAUAAAACUCUUAGACUCCAGAAUUUGGAGUAUCCUAGUUUCACGCGGUUUAACAAGAUAUUUCACGAUCAAGAAUCUAGUUGGUUCUGAAUGGGUUUAUUGUUCCGCUCUGUCUGGUCCAAAAGAAAAAAAUAUCUCUGAGAGAGAUAAUUGCUCUUUUUUGGCGGACAUAUGGUCAGAACGUCAUCUGCUGGAUUUGAAUCCUACUGAGAAGUCCGCUCGAGAUCCUAAAUUAUUUCAGAAAGAAGAUGUUUCUUUUGUUCUUUCGAGGCAAUCGGAAAAUAAAGAAAUAGCCAAUAUCGUGAAUAUAAUCAUGUAUUUACAAAAUAAUGUCUCAAUUCAUCCUAUUUCAUCCGAUCGAGGAUGUGAUAGGAUUGCAAAGGAUAAACUUUUUACAGUUCAAAAUCAUAUUUUAUUCUUGAACCAAAAUCUAGUUUCAGAAGAGAGAUUUCAAGAAAUGGCAAAUCUAUUCAAUCUCUCAAUAACUAAGCCGGAUCUGGUGUAUCGUAAUGGAUUCUCUUUUUCUAUUGAUUUUUCUAGAUGUGAUGAUAAACAAUUCGUAAAUGAGGUAUUCAACUCCAGGGAUGAAUCAAAAAAGAAAUCUUUAUUGGUUCUGCCUCGGGUUUUUUACGAAGCGAAUGAAUUUGUUUCUCCAAGGAUCCUAAAAAAAUGGGUCCAGACCUCUUGUGGGAAUUAUUUUCAAGAUAAUCGAUUCAAUCGCAACUUAGAAUAUGUAAUUCAAAGGUAUGAAAAUGAUAUUAUGAAUCGUAUACCUAUAAGGAAACAAAUGAUCAAUCAACGUUUCUCAAAUUUGAAAAAGAGUAAGAAGAAAUGCUUUGAUCCUCUUAUUUUAAUUUAUCGAACCGAGAGAUCUGUGAAGAAGGAUCCAAAUAGAUAUAAAUACAAAUGGUCCAAGGGGAGCAAGAAUUUCCAGGAACAUUUGGACCAUUUCAUUUAUGAGCAGAAUAGCCGUUUUCAAGUAGUGUUCGAUCGAUUACAUAUGAAUGCAGAUUCGAUUGAUUGGUCUGAGGUUAUCGACAAAAAAGAUUUUUCUAAGUCACUUUGUUUGUUUUUGUCCAAGCUUCUUCCCCUUUUGUCGAACUCACUUCCUUUUUUCUUUGUGAGUUUCGGAAGUAUGCCCAUUCAUAGGUCCCAGAUCCAUAUGGAUGAAUUGAAACGGAUGAAUGAUGCACUCGGGAAUCAGUUAUUAGAAUCAAUAGGUCUGCAAACAGUUCAUUUGAAAAAAAGGAAACCCCUAUUAUUGGAUGACUAUUAUACUUCUCAAAAAUCUAAAUUAUGGAUCAAUGAGAUAGCAAAUCAAGACAAUUGGCUGAAUCCUGUGAAAUGUUUUCAUGGAAGUUCAUUGAUUUCUUCUUUUUAUAAAGUCAAUCGACUUCGAUUCUUGAAUAAUCAAUAUAACUUCUCUUUCGAUUGUAACAAAAGAUUCUCUUUUUAUGGGGAAAGGUCCUGUAAUUAUGAUUUUCUGUAUGAACAAUUCCUCAAUGUCUUGUUCAGUGGAAAGAAAAUAUUUUCUUUGUGCGGCGGGAAAAAAAAACAUGCUUUUUUGGACAGAGAUACUAUUUCACCAAGCGAGUUAGAGGUCUCUAACAUAUUGAUAGCAAAUACUUUUCCGCAAAGUGGUGAUGACGGAUAUGAGUUGUACAAAUCUUUCCAUUUUCCAACUCGCGUUCCUAGAGCUAUUUACUCGAUCGCGGACAUUUCUGGAACACCUCUAACAGAGGAAGAAAUAGUGAAUUUUGAAAGAACUUCUUGUCAACCUCUUUCCGCUAUUAAUCUCUAUGAUCCAAAAUGGAAGAAGUUGCAUAAAUAUUUGGAUUUCGAUUCAAACAUCGAUUUGCUUGACACUCUAUAUACUCUAUACUCUGAUAAAAUUUUACCAUCCGAAAAGAGAAAAAAACCUCUAAAAAAAUUCUUUAAAAAAGGGCAGAUGUAUAGAAACUUUCAAAGAAAGAGUUGUUUUUCAAUUUUUCUAUCCAAAUUGAAGCGAUUGUACCCGUAUAUAAUACCGUCGCUCCUUACCUGGACAGGGCAACAAACUCUACUUUUACCAUUUAUAGAGACUUUUUGGGAUCUAGUUGUAAUACUAAGGAAGAGUCCUAAAUGGAAAAAAUUUGUAUCUAUUUUUUCUCCUAGUAAUUUUUUACAUGGAGCCAAGGCAAUUCUUCGGGAAAUUGCACAACGGAACCGUAUAAGUGAGAUUUCGAGUAAGUGUUUACAUAAUUUUGUUGUAGACGUGUACGAAGAUCUUUUUCACACAAAUAAUGAGUCACCAUUCCAUCUGAGAUCACUAAAUAUUGAGGAGUUCCUGUUUUCAAUCCUUUUACUUCUUCUUAUUACUGGAUAUUUAGUUUAUGCACAUCUUGUCUGUGUUUCUGGAUUCUCUAACGAGUUACAGACAGAGUUCGAACAGGUCAAAUCUUUGAUGAUUCCAUCCUACAUCAUUGAAUUGCGAAAACUUCUGGAUAGGUAUCUUACAUCAGAACAAAAUUCUUUCUGGUUAAAGUCUAUUUUUGAAGUUGCUCUAGAACAAUUCGGAAAUUUUCUAGAAGAAAGAGGAGGUUCGCCUUCUGGCGGAAACAUCCCAAGGGGUAAAGGUUUUAAUCUCAUGGAUCUCAGAAGUAUUAUACCAAAUCCCAUCAAUCGAAUCGCGUUUUUGAAAAAUACGAGACAUUUAAGUCAUACAAGUAAAGCAAUCUAUUCAUUGAUAAAGAAAAGAAAAAGGAUGAAUAGUGGUGAUUGGAUUAAUGAUAAAAUAGAAUCCUGGAUCUUGAAUAGUGAGUUGAUUGCUGAUAAAGAACGAGAAUUCUUACUUCAGUUCUCUACCUUAACGACAGAAAAAAGGAUGGAUCAAAUUUUAGUGAGUCUGACUAAUAGUGAUGAGUUAUCAAAGAAUAACUCUGGUUAUCAAAUGAUUGAGCAACCGGGAACAAUAUACUUAAAAUAUUUAAUUGACAUUCAUCAAAAGGAUCUAAUGAAUUAUGAGUUCAAUCCAUCCUCCUUAGCAGAAAGACGGGUAUUCCUCGCUCAUUAUAAGACAAUCACUUAUUCAGAAAUCCCGUGUGGGCCUAGUUGUUUGGAUUUCCCAUCUCAUGGGAAACCCUUUUCGCUACGCUUAGCCCUAUCCCCUGCUGGGGGUAUUUUAGUGAUAGGUUCACUAGCAACUGGACAAUCCUAUUUGCUCAAAUCUCUAGCGACAACCUCCUAUGUUCCUUUCAUUACAGUAUUUGUAAACAAGGGCCUGGAGAACUUUCCUAAGGGUUUUGAUACAGAUUAUAAUGAGGAGGAUCUUUUUGAUGAAAGAGAGGGUACCAUUUACAGUCUUUUACCUGAUACCGAGGGUAGUUGUUAUAAUCCCCAUAAUUAUGAAAGGGAUGAUAGUGACGAUUUCGACCAUAAACUUGAUAGGCGAUUGAAGUUUCUAAGUAUGAAGGAUCCGAUAUCUAGCGAUAUCAUACCGGAAGACGAACUAGACCGGUUUUAUUUAAGACUUCAAUUCGAAUUAGUAAAAGCAAUGUCUCCUUGCAUAAUUUGGAUUCCAAACAUUCAUGAUCUCGAUAGGAAUGAGUCGGAUGACUUAUCGCUGGGUAUAUUAGUGAACUCUCUUUCCAGAGAUUCUGAAAAAGGUUCUACUAGCAAUAAUCUUGUUAUUGCUUCUACUCAUGUUCCAAAAAAAGUGGACCCUUCUUUAAUAGCGCCGAAUAAAUUAAACAAAUGCAUUAAGAUACGAAGGCUUCUUAUUCCACAACAAAAAAAGCACUUUUUUACUCUUUCAUAUACUAGGGGAUUUCACUUGGAAAAGCAAAUAUUCAAUACUAAUCGAUUGGGGUCUCUAACUCUGGGUUCUAAUGUACCAGAUCUUGUAGCACUUACUAACGAGGCGCUAUCAAUUAGUAUUAUACAAAAGAAAUCUAUUAUAGACACUAAUAUAAUUAGAUCUGCUCUUCAUAGACAAACUUGGGAUUUUAGAUCUCAGAUAAUAGAGAUUCAGGAUCAUGGGAUCCUUGUUUAUCAGCUAGGAAGGGCUGUUUCACAAAAUCUACUUCUAAGUAAUUGCUCUAUAGAUCCUAUAUCUAUCUAUAUGAAGAAGACAUCGUGUCAGGAGGGGGAUUCUUAUUUGUACAAAUGGUACGUCGAACUUGGAACAAGCAUGAAGAAAUUAACUAUACUUCUUUAUCUUUUGAGUUGUUCUGCCGGAUCGGUCGCUCAAGACUUUUUGUCUCUACCCGGACUUAAUGAAAACAAUGAUGGGAUCACUUCUUAUAGACUCCUUGAGAAUGAUUCUGAUCUAGUUCAUGGGCUAUUAGAAAUAGAAGGUGCUCUGCUGGGACCCUCCGAGACAGGAAGUCGGUUGGAUAAUGAUGGAGUGCCAUUGCUUCUUCGGUCCGAACCAAGAAAUCCCUUAAAUAUGAUUCAAAAUGGGUUUUCUUCUAUCGUUGAUCAUAGAUUUCUCUAUGAAAUCUAUGAAUCGGGGUUCGAAGAAGGGGAAGGAGUCCUCGACACGCAACCGCUAGAGGAGGAUUUAUUCAAUUGCAUACUUUGGGCUCCUAGACUGUGGCGCCCUUGGGGCUUUCUCUUUGACGAAGGGUCCAAUGAAUUGAGAUUUGCCUAUUGGGAAGGGUCAUUUCAGGACAAAGAUGAUAAUGAUUCGGAGGUCUUGCAGGAUGGAACCAUGCAGGACCAGACACGAGUGAGAUCUUCCAACGAACAAGGAUGGAACCAUAAUCUAUUCUAUCUAUAUUAUAUAGAUUUCUACUUUUAUUGA